UUGGGAUACUUGACCAGCGAGACCAAUGGCGCUCAUGGAUUAAAAAGAGAUCACUUGAACACUGGCCAGCAGCGCCACCUCCCCCCACGUCACAAGCAUGUCGUCUCAUUACACGACGGAACCUCCGCCAACAGCGUCCGUCCUCCUUCACACCACGGCCGGCCCUCUGACGCUCUCCCUCUUCGCGAACCAGACGCCUCUGACAUGCCGGAACUUCCUGCAACAUGUCCUGGACGAGGACUACAACAACAACAUCUUCCAUCGCAUCGUACCGGGCUUCGUCAUCCAGACUGGCGACCCGACGGGCACCGGCGAAGGCGGGCAGAACAUUUAUGAAGACCGAGAAUUUGAGCGCUACGAUGAAGACUGGGCCAGGGUGAUGGGCCGGGAAAAGGACGAGAGGAUCAGGUUCGGAGAUGAGAUACACAGCAGGCUAAAAUUCAAUCGAAGAGGCCUGGUGGGCAUGGCAAAAGGCUCGGGCGAGGGUGGAGGUUAUGGAAGCCAGUUCUUCAUCACGCUGGGGGAUUGCAGGGCGGAACUGGACGGCAAGUGCACCAUGUUCGGCCGUGUCGAAGGCGAGGGUAUAUACAACAUCGUCAAGAUUGCAGAAGGCGAGCUCGUUGAGGGUACAGAACGACCCAUAUACCCCGAAAAGAUUCUCAGAGUCGAAAUCCUCGAGUUGCCAAAAGGAGACGCGUGGCAGAAGAUGCGCAAGAGGGACAAGGUCGCGGCCCGUGUCGUUGAGGCACCGACAAAGAAGAAGGUUCCCAAAAAGAAAGGUGGAAAGACCCUGCUCAGUUUCGGAGGUGAUGAAGGCGACGACAAUGGAGGAGACGUAGCCGUCCGACCCAAGAAGGCGAAAUUCAAUCCAGCAUUGAUCGAUGCAAGUGAAGAGGCCGAUUCUAUACCAAAGAAGACAGGAGCUGCACCGAAACCAACACCCAAGCGCUCACCGUCGCCGAGUACAGUUCCGCAAAAACGUAAAGCAAGCCCGGCCCACGAACCAUCCUCAAAGAAAUCAGCCUCGCCAGUGCAACGUCGAAAACCAUCAUUCCACGAUCCGAUGACACAAUUACCAUUACGUGACCCCGAAUCGCCGUCUCGCUCACCCACGCCAGACGAAGAACAGCCAUCCAAGUCCCAAAAUUCGACGUCGGCAAACUUGCAAGCUGAGAUAGCCGCACUCAAGGCCUCGAUGCGCCGCGGUACGGUGACCACGACAACUGACACGACGCACAAAAAGUCGGCGUUGGAAGCCUUGAUCCCAUCCACCAGUACCCGUGGCCGUAAGCGUCCUAGGCCAGGUGAAUCCAACUCCAAAGAAGACGCCAACGCUCUCAAGAUGCUCAAUGCGUUCAAAGCUCGUCUAGAAUCUUCAUCAUCUACAGCAUCAUCAAAACCGAUAUCGUCACACAAAACAAACGGCGAGAAAGCUCAUGACGUUUCAGAAACAAAAGUGGUCAGCACAGCUAAUGAUGACGACAACCAAAACAGUGAUAACGAUGACGGGGAGGCAGAAUUGUGCGACCUCCACUUCAUCGCAAAUUGUCAAUCAUGCUCGAAAUGGGACGAAGAGGGUGCAGCACAGAACCCAGACGCCGAAAACGACGACGACGACAAGGAAUGGCUCAGUCACACGUUGAGUUUCGCCAAGGACAGACUCGGCAAGGACUUGACAUGGAAGAAGAAAAACGAAGAGGAACUCGUGGUGAUUGAUCCACGCGAAAAGGAGCGUGAGCUCAAGACCGAUCGGAAGAAACGUGAUCGCGAUCGUGGUGGCAAGAACCGUGACAAGGACAAGGGAAAGUCCAGGGAGGGACGAUGGUGAAACCCUGAGCUGUGCGAGUUGUGCAAGUCGUGCUUGACCUCCCAUCUGGAGUAUAGAUACAUCUCUCGUACUUUUUUGGCAGGAUGUUGAACUUGCACGGAGAAUGAAUCAUGUGGCUCCGUAAUGUCCGCCCGC